AUGGGCGUCGAUGCAGAGAAGAUGGGCGCCGUCGACCACAUGGACAAAAGCAUCGACAACUCGUCUAAUUCUGACGUCGGUCACACGCUUGACCCCGAUGCAGGACUCUCCGAAGAGGAGAGGAAGGAGGCUGAACGCAAGCUGCUCUGGAAACUCGACCUUCAGCUCAUUCCCUGGGUAUGA